GAUCUUUUCCCCUUGAUCCGGUUUCUAUCUCUCCUGUCGGACCCGGUUCCCCCGGUUCCUCCCGGUUCUCCCCGGCGGUCCCCGGUCCUCUGCCCGGUCCUCUCCCCGGUCCUCCCCGGCCUGCAGCGGCAGCUCGGCGGGUCUCUCCGGGCUGGCUUCCGGUGUCCGUCCGUCUGCAGGGGGAUGGCGUCCGGCUCCCAGCGCAUCCACCGCCGGUCCUCCGAGUCCCACCGCGCCCCCAGGAGCUCCAGCCCAGGCGGCAGCGAGCAGCGUCGGUGAGCCGCUGAUUUCCUCAUCCGUCUCAGAGGAGGUGUGUUCACGUGGCUCCUCUCUGUGCUAGCGACCGGUCAGACAACACCCCCGACCUUCAGCUCGGACCCCCCCUCUCCCGGCGCCGGGACCCUGCAUGCGAAGUGGAGCGAUGACGGAGGCGUGGCAGCAGCAGCAUGCGGUGGCUCCUCCCUCUGUGGUGCACACGCUGCCCCAGGGCGCCGACAACCCGCUGGGCUGCACGGUGUACGGCGUGGUGCUGCAGCCGGACGCCACGCUGCAGCAGCACGGCCAGCAGCACUCGGUGCAGGCCCAGCAGCCCUCCCUGCAGGGGGGGGGCGAGAGAGGCCACAAGUGCGGCGCCUGCGGCCACGACAUCUCUCACCUGGCCAACCCGCACGAGCACCAGUGCAUGGUGAACCAGGACCGCUCCUUCCAGUGCACGCAGUGCAUGAAGAUCUUCAGCCAGGCCACGGACCUGCUGGAGCACCAGUGCGUGCAGGUGGAGCAGAAGCCCUUCGUGUGUGGCGUGUGUAAGAUGGGCUUCUCGCUGCUCACCUCCCUGGCUCAGCACCACAACUCGCACGGCAACGGCAACAACCCCAUGAAGUGCUCCAUCUGUGAGAAGACCUACCGGCCCGGCUCUGGAAACGUCACGCCCACCUCGUCCGCGGCCAACCCCCAGCAGCCCUCCACCGGCGAGACGUCCGGCGGCGGCGCAGCCAUCGGGGCCUCGUCUCCGCCGGCGUUCGAGGCCUCCUCCCCCGACAGGCCGUACAAGUGCUCCGUGUGCCACAAGGCCUUCCGGCACCUGUCCGAGCUGACCCGCCAUGAGAGAGUACACACUGGUGAAAAGCCGUACAAAUGUGACACGUGUGACAAAAGCUUCAGCCAGUCGUCUCACCUGGCGCACCACCAGCGCACGCACAGCUCCGAGCGGCCGUACAAGUGCGCCGUGUGCGAGAAGAGCUUCAAGCAUCGCUCGCACCUGGUGCGCCACAUGUACGCUCAUUCGGGCGAGCACCUGUUCAAGUGCAAUUUGUGUGAGAUGCACUUUAAGGAGUCGUCCGAGCUCCUGCACCAUCAGUGCCAGCCGGAGGGCGAGCGGCCUUUCCGCUGCGGCUCGUGUGGAAAGAGCUUCAAGCGCCCGUCUGACCUGCGGCAGCACGAACGCACGCACUCCGAGGAGCGGCCCUUCCAGUGCGAGGAGUGCCAGAUGAGCUUCAAGCAGCAGUACGCGCUCGUACGCCACCGACGCACCCACAAGAAUCCAGCUGAUCGCCCGUUCAAGUGCAACCUGUGCGAUAAGGGCUUCCUGCAGCCGUCCCACCUGCUCUACCACCAGCAGGUCCACGGUAUGGAAAGUCUCUUUAAAUGUGCAUCCUGCCAGAAGUCUUUCAGCCAAUCAGGAGAGCUGCUGCGGCACAAGUGUGGGGGUGAAGUGGAGAAGCCGUACAAGUGCGACGUGUGCGGCAAAGGUUACAAAAAGAAUUCAACGCUGCAGCGCCACCAGAACUCUCACUGCACGGAGAAGCCGCUGAAAUGCUCUCUGUGCGACAAGCGCUUCGUGUCGUCCUCGGAGUUCGUGCAGCACCGCUGCGACCCGACCCGGGAAAAGCCGCUGAAGUGUCCUGAUUGUGAAAAGCGCUUUAGGUACUCGUCAGAGCUGCAGCGCCAUCGCAGAGUUCACACAGGAGAGAAGCCUUUCAAGUGUGCCAGCUGCGACAAGAGCUUCAAGCAGCGCGAGCACCUGGCCAAGCACCAGAGCGUGCACUCGCGGGAGACGCAGUUCAAGUGCGUGUGGUGCGGCGAGCGUUUCGUGGACCUCACGGCGCUGCAGGAGCACACGGUCCAGCACACGGCCGAGGGCGAGAGCUUCCCCGAGGCGCCCUGCAUCCCGUGAGCCGCAGGGACCCGCAGACAGCUAACCUGACAUUCUCUCCCAUUUGUAGUUUAUAAUAUGCACCCAUUAAUUAUCUUUAAUAAUUUGUAGUAUUCGUAGGACUCGGCUCAUCCUCAUCCUUCACUGAGUGAAACACCCUGAACCGACAGAGGGGGUCAGGAUCCCUCUUCUUCUUGU